AUGGUUUGUCCAGGAAUAACGUUGGGAUUGGUUAUCGUUUGCUUGCUGCAGUUUGGAUUGCUUCUAACAUACAUCGUGAGAGACAGUGGCAUGAUCCCUGUGAUUUCGAGUCUGCCAACGCCGACAAAAUGUCCACCCACCAAAAACACUACGACCACUACUGCGUCCUCGGCCAAACAGGAUUCAUCGUAUGAUUGCGACAACUUGUCAUCGUCCGUACUGAUAGCUAUCAAAUCGGGUGGAACCGAUCAAAAGUACCGUCAUCGCCGUCAGAAAUGGCGCGAGUCUGACAAAUGUGGCAAGGCGUAUGCUCAAGCCAACAUUCCCUACAAGUUCAUGAUUGGAUUACCACUGGAGAAGCCACUCAACCCCACAUCGCACAAUCAAGCCGCCGCCGAUACCCAGCAAGAAAUUAUCGAUACCAAGGCCCUCCAAACGGAGUUUCGCGCACACGGCGAUGUCGAAAUCAUGCCACUCCGAGAUGUCUACACGGAAAUGCAUCUCAAGACCUUUCGAAUUCUCGAAUGGGGCGUCCACCAAUCGUACACGCAUCACCCCAAUCUCAAAUUACUCGUUUUGCACGAUGAUGAAUACUGCGUCGAUCUCAAGGCAUUGCAAGCGCUCUGCCGCAAAACGGCCGAACAACCACAACCCGCCCAAAUGUACGGAGGACCCUACUUUUGGUCCAAACCCGGCUACGAGAUUCAAAAAGCAUUUGACCAAUCGUUUAGUCCGUACUUUUCGGGAUGGCUGUACGUUCUCAGUGUACCACUCGCCCAAGAGAUUGUGGAAGAUGUCGACACGAAGUUUGCAGGAAUAUAUGCCUCGCAUUCGGAGGAUUUGCAAGUGGGACGAUGGGUCAAGAAACAACAUCAACGCAAGGAUACCCCGCCGGUGCAGGUGGAAGUGGAAAAGACACUCAUAGUUGCGGCGUAG